GCCGCCGCCGCCGCGCCUGCGCAGAGCCGCGCGCCGGGGCGUUGGUGGGAAACCUUCGCGGACGGCCGCGGCGGGCCACUGGCGAGAUGGCAGCGGCGGCGGCGGCGCUGUCGCGGCUCGCGGCCGCCUUCCUCCUGCUGACGCCCCAGGUGGUGGCCGAGUACGGCAUGGUGCACGUGGUCUCCGAGCAGGGCGGCUCCGCGGGCAAGGACUACUGUGUGCUCUACAACCCGCGGUGGGCACACCUACCCCUCGACCUGGCCAAAGCCUCUCUCUUGCCACUCAAGGACUGGUCGUCCUCCCUGCUCUGCUCCGCGGCCGACCUCCCUCCACAAGGCUUCAGCAACCAGAUCCCGAUGGUGGCGCGUGGCAAUUGCACCUUCUACGAGAAAGUGCGACUGGCUCAGGGCAGCGAGGCGCGGGGGCUGCUCAUCGUCAGCAAAGAGGCGCUGGUCCUGCCCGGAGGAAACGAGUCCCAGUACCACGAGAUUGGCAUCCCGGUGGCCCUGCUUAGCUACAAGGACAAACUGGACAUUUUCAAGAACUUCGGGCCGGCGGUGCGGGCAGCGCUCUACGCGCCCAGUGAGCCCAUGCUGGACUACAACAUGAUCAUCAUCUUCGUCAUGGCCGUGGGCACCGUGGCCCUAGGUGGCUACUGGGCAGGGAGCCGCGACGUGAGGAAGCGGUACUUGAAGCACAAGCGGGAUGAAGGGCCAGAGAAGCAAGAGGACGAGGCAGUGGACGUGACGCCCGUCAUGAUCUGUGUGUUCGUGGUCAUGUGCUGUGGCAUGCUGGUGCUGCUGUACUAUUUCUAUGACCAACUGGUCUACGUCAUCAUAGGCACCUUCUGCCUGGCUUCCUCCACCGGCCUCUACAGCUGCCUGGCACCCCUUGUCCAGUGGCUGCCCUUCUGCAAGUGCCGGGUCCCCAGCAACAGCCUGCCCUACUUCCACAAGCGCCCACAGGUGCGGCUGCUGCUGCUGGCCGUGCUCUGUGUGGCCGUGAGCGUGCUGUGGGCCGUCUUCCGGAACGAGGACCAGUGGGCCUGGGUCCUGCAGGAUGCGCUUGGCAUCACCUUCUGCCUGUACAUGCUGAAGACCAUCCGCCUCCCCACGUUCAAGGCCUGCACAUUGCUGCUGCUGGUGCUGUUCUUCUACGACGUCUUCUUUGUGUUCAUCACUCCCUUCCUGACCAAGAGCGGGAACAGCAUCAUGGUGGAGGUGGCCACUGGGCCAGCGGACUCCGCCACUCACGAGAAGCUCCCCAUGGUCCUGAAGGUGCCCCGACUCAACACCUCCCCGCUGGCACUCUGUGACCGACCCUUCUCCCUCUUGGGCUUCGGGGACAUCCUGGUCCCAGGGCUGCUGGUUGCCUACUGCCACAGGUUUGAUAUCCAGGUCCAGUCCUCCCGGCUCUACUUCGUGGCCUGCACUGUAGCGUACGGCAUCGGCCUCCUGGUGACCUUCAUGGCGCUGGCCCUCAUGCAGCGCGGCCAGCCUGCCCUCCUCUACCUGGUGCCUUGCACACUCCUCACCAGCUGCGGCCUGGCGCUGUGGCGCCGGGAGCUGAGGAUGUUCUGGACGGGCGGUGGCUUUGCGAAGGACCUACCUCAGUCUACCUGGGUGCCGGGUCCCCCCGAGGGCUCCCUGCCGGCCACAGACUCAGAGGGGCCAGCGGCCCAGCAGCCUGCAGGAGAGGAACCAGCUGGGCCGCCCUCGGGACCGAGUCCACCCCAGGAGCCUGAGCAGCCAGCGGCCAGUGUCCCUGGCCAGCAGCCCCCCACACCCACGGACCAGCCCGGCACCUCGGCUUAGGAAGGGGGCGGCAUGGACUGCAGGGCCCGCCCGCACCUGCGAGAGAUGAGGGGCUCAACGCUGGAGUUGCCUGGGCCCCGCAACUUGGUGCUCGCUCCGAUGGACGCUGGCCCGUCCUCACCUGCUGGCCAGCCCCCUUUUGCUCCCCACUCCUCCAGCCAGCCCUGCCCCGCCUGGCUCCGCCCACCGGCCUUACCCUGCCCUGCCCGCCUCUAAGCCUGCCCGGCCCCGCCCCUGACUACCCUUGCCCACCCAGCCCCAUCCAGGCUAGCCACGCCCACUCCUGCGCAGCCUCGCACCCGCUUGCAUGGCUGCAGUAGCCUCUUUGCCGAGGUCACCGUGGGGGAGUACCCCACAUUCUUGCCCCCAGGCCUCAAAGGGGCGCACGAAGCUGGAGGCACGCCCACAUUGGUGCUUGAGGCUGCCGCUUUCCUUGAAGGGGAGCCCCUCCCCACAACACCCUGUCCCCGGCCCGCCCGAGCGUUGCUUUCCAGGGACGCCACCACCAGGACUGCAGUUGUGGCCCUGCACGCCUUGGCUGGGCGGGCCUGCAGGGCCCGAGUAGUGCAGAGCCCCCCACCCCCUCUUCCUCACCAGCCAGCCUGCGGGACCCCAGCCCCCCGCAAUCCAUCUGCACAUUGACAGAAGCGGCGGAGGUGGCGCCACUUCUUAGGUUGAGAGUGCAUCACCCCCCCUUUGAGGGCCCCUGCGGCUACCCCUAAGACAGGUCUGCACGUCCCUCCUGCCCAGGGCACGCACCACCGGCCCCCCACCCAGGCAGGCGAGCACCCUCUAGGGAGACCCCAGGAGCAGCCUGCACGUGGGAGAAAGAACAUUCUGGAACUGGCAUGUUGUCUUCUACCUCACCGCCAGGACGCUGCACCUCGAGACAGGUGCCAUGGUUGAACUGGCCAAGGUCCCGCCCCACUGUGUCCCCCACGGCCCCACGUGGGGGCUCCAACCCCAGGCCGCUGACAGCUGGGCUGUCCUGGCCAGGGCGGCAGCUCCUCGGCUCCCCGCACUCCAAGAGGUGGUGCCCGCCCGCCCAAGCCCCCCAUCCCCGCUGCCCUGUGGUUGGCGCUGGUCGCCUUGGUCAUUCCGAGAACUACCAGCACAGAUGCCCGUGUCAGCAGCUCAGCCGCGCUUCUGCGGGGAACGCUUUAUUUUACAAACAGCAGCCCCUUCCUGCCUGCGCCCACCCGGUUCUUGACGGAGCUGUGGGUCCCGGGAGGCCACUAGCUGGUCCGGCUGCAAGAACUGGGGGAGUGGGGAUGGGAGCCUGCCCUGGGCAGCGGGCCCUACACCCCCCUCCUUUCCUGCUGCCCCUUCAAUCAAAGCCAUUUUAUACCUGGGUGGAAGGGGGCCCGCUCUGUCCCCCGGACAUGAGACUGACACUCGCAAAGCAGAUGCUGGUUGCCCGUGGGUACGGUUUCUUCUGCCUCUGGGCUGAUCUCGUCAUUAAACUUGGCUUUUGAUAGUCACGA